CGUCGGCGUUAAGUGCCGAGUCAUUAACGGAAAAAAUAAUUGACCGUCAGUUUUAACGGUCAACUCCAGCACUAGGCCAAAUCUGUCCAAUAAUUUCAAAAGUAGGCCACAAAUGUCUUAUUUGAAAAAUGGGGCCAGAAGUGUCACUUACGCUAAACUUCAGGCCAAACUAGGGUAUUAACCCUUAUUAAUACUCCAAAUCUUUUCCGUGGAAAGAAAAAAAGUGAUGAAGAGAGCAGAAGGAGAAGAGAUGUACAGUAGUGGUGGGCGCGGGGAAAUUAUAAAGAUGGAAAGCAAGGGUAGUGUUGGGCCAAAAGGGAUGACUAAGCAAGCCCAGCGCACAGUAUUCGUCAGCCCAAAAGACAUGAAAGUCAGCCCAAUAAAUAAGAGCAAGGCCCGGAAGGAAGGGUCCGAGGAAGAAGGGGAAAAUAUCGCCAGAAGCGGGAGUAAACUCGCAAGCGUGCAUGGGGAAGGUAAACUCGAUAAGACGUAAAUAGCAGUAAUCAUGGCUAUUCUGACAGCAUUUAAUGCGACCGUAAGCGUAAGUACGAAAAGAGUACGUCAGAUACACGCUCACCAGAGCAUUGAUUGCCCAUACCCACCCCCAUUGGCUAUAAAUAAAGGUCCAACCACAUCAUUUAAUGGUAACUCAACUACCCCAAUUCUCUCUCUACAUUCUCUCUCGACUAAAACCUGACUUAAGCAUCGGAGAGUAUCCGAGGCCCACGCCUUCGGAUCUUUCUUGCAGGUGAAGGAGAACGCUUGCGUUGAAGGAAAGACGGGAUCCUAGCAGAAUCGUCCUCCACUACGCCUUGGAACAUUCCAGGCUUAAACCGGUAGUAACAUGUGGAAACCAGUUGUCAAACCGUCCUGGGGUCCGCUUUAGGUUCUUGGUUCUCUGCAGUUCUACCUUCCCCGCCACCCCUCGGAUUCGCCGUUGUUCUUCAUCCUUAUGUUUUAAUUCAGCUUAUUAAUUUGUUUGAUCUAUGAUUGGAUUAUUUUUCCCACUAACCUUCUUUGUCAUUCUUUUUAGCAAUUUAUCUCUUCUACUGUUGUUUCGCUCAAGUAUCUACCUUCUCCGACAACGGUCUUAGUUCCCUGGUUCAUUGAUCCUGUUCGUUUUUGAGUUACUGGCGGCAAAGAUAAGGUAGGGAGCUUCUAAUUUUGGAUGCUAUAUUUUUCCCGAUUCCUUGUUUGUGCCACAGGGUUUGUAGAUUUUAGCUUCAACUUCUCCAUCCAUGGAUUCCGUCACCUGACGCCGCUGGCCCCAUCGGUUUCUUCCGCUUCCAAUUUCCGCCGCUGCUGUUAGCCAAUCGUUGGCCUUCAUGUAUUGGGGACAGGAGGAGCAGAUUAAAGAGGGGUGGGCUACGGAGAAAUUGGUUGAGGACGCGUGGCUAUCUUUAUUCUGAAGAAAAACAAGGGCUGCUUUCCUUAUUCUUAUCCGCCAGCUUUGGUCGGGCAACUCCUAGAGAUGAGCGUAGUUGUGCUUAUCCCACAAUUAGAGGAGUUGGCUUCAUUUUUGCUUUUCCAGUUGCUGAUGAGGUGUCACUCGUGGCACUUGGGCCUAUUGGGCCGGGACUAUUUUUGUGUUCAUUGUUUUGCAGAUAGCUUGCACUUCAGGUCGGUGUUGCGGGCCCUAGCUUUUAGCAUGAGUAGCAUAAUCCGAUCCUAGGUGGAGACACGGAGAGCUUUAAGGCGCAGUGGUGUAGUGGCGGAAACCUAUAUCCUUUUUUUAAGGUUUAGUGUUUUUGUUACUCUGUUCUUAGGAACUAACAGAGCUGCCCAUUUUGUGGCAUAAAGGGCUCUUUCAUCGGCAUAUCGAUUAGUAUUGACUAUCAUUAUUUUUACCUAUUAUAAACAUAUUUGUCUACUAUUUCAUCUGACUAUGAUAUAAAAAAAAGUAUAUUUGUUAAUAAGGUUGAAUGGUUGAU